CGUUACACAUUAUUCGAGCCAGGCGGUUGGAACAAAAAAGAAGCAACAGCUAAUCAGAGCAAAAAUGGUCGAUGUGGAAAUACGUGAACUUAUGCAACCCUUUGUGCUGAGCGAUUAUCAGGUGCAAGAAGUGUACAGUCGUUUCUGCCUCGAGAUCGCCAAGGGUUUGCGGCGCACCACACAUGAGCAGGCCAGCACAAAAUGCUUUCCCACAUAUGUGCAGGAUUUGCCAACGGGCGAUGAGAUGGGCAAGUAUCUGGCGCUUGAUUUGGGCGGUACCAACUUCCGGGUGCUGCUCGUUACGCUCAAAGGUCAUCACGAGGCGACGGUCGAGUCACAGAUUUAUGCUGUGCCCAAGGAUCUUAUGGUCGGGCCGGGCGUGGAGCUCUUCGAUCACAUAGCCGAAUGUCUGGCCAAGUUUGUGGCAAAGCACGACAUGCAUAAUGCCUAUCUGCCGCUCGGUUUCACGUUUUCGUUUCCCUGCAUACAGAUGGGCCUCAGGGAGGCCAAGCUGACGCGCUGGACCAAGGGCUUUAACUGUCCCGGCGUCGAGGGUGAGGAUGUGGGUUUGAUGUUGCACGAUGCCAUUCAACGACGCGGCGAUGCGGAAAUUGCAGUCGUUGCGUUACUCAAUGACACCACCGGCACGCUUAUGUCCUGCGCACAUCGCAAUCCCGACUGUCGUGUGGGCGUGAUUGUGGGCACUGGCUGCAAUGCCUGCUAUGUGGAGCAUGUGGAUAAUGUGGAUCUGCUAGAUACGGACUUCAAGCGCAUCCAGAAACAGGUCAUUGUUAACGUGGAGUGGGGCGCCUUUGGUGAUCAUGGACAGCUGGAAUUUGUACGCACAGACUACGAUCGUGAGGUGGACAGAAAAUCAAUUAACCGAUCCGAACAGCUGUUCGAGAAAAUGACAUCGGGCAUGUAUUUGGGUGAACUGGUGCGUCUGGUAUUGUUACGCGCCCUCGAGCGGAAUAAAAUUUUCAAGCUGAACACAAAACGUGCAGCAUUCGUUGCUGUGCUACAAAAGAAUGUGGAUAUCUUUGAAACCAAAUACAUAUCCGAAGUUGAAGCCGACUCGUUUCCGGAGUUUCCCAACACAAGACGCAUCAUCAAGCAGCUGUUCGGAGUGGAAAAGACCACCGUUGAGGAUUGCCAGAAGCUCAAAUACAUUUGCGAGUGUGUGACCAAGCGCGCUGCCACCUUCGUGGCUAUUGGCAUAAGUGGCCUCAUCAACAAGAUCAUUGAUCGCCGAGUGGUGGUGGGCAUAGAUGGCUCUGUGUACCGCUAUCAUCCAAAAUUCGAUGGUUACAUCAGGGAAAUGAUGCAGAAACUGGUCAAGCCAGGCAAGGAGUUCGAUAUUAUGCUGUCAGAGGAUGGUUCGGGACGAGGCGCAGCGCUCGUUGCCGCCGUGGCCAGCAAAACAAAGUGAACGGCAGCCAAAGUUAGCAAAUCGGUCAACAAAUAUGUUAUUGUAGAAUUUAAUAGCAUUAAUAAAUUGUUCUCUUUUUACACUCA